GGUUGUUGUCUCUGCACCAUGUGGUCAGAAGGCUGACCUCCUUCCUAUAGUGGGUCUCAUCGUCGUUGGUGAUGAGAUCAACCAGAGUUGUGUCGUCUGCAAAUUUGACCAUGUGAUUGGUGCUGUAGGUUGUUGUGCAGUCGUGUAUUUCCUGUUACAGAGCUAAAGUAGUAGUUGGGGCAUGUAGCUUGUCUGUUCUUGGCUUGUUUUGGUAUGGAGCUCUGGCAGAAUGUAACCUUGGUUUGGCCAUUCUCCCAACAGAUGAUAUAAUAUUUAAUAUUGAAACAGAAAUUAUAAGCACAGACACUGAUGGAUUUGAAGAUUAUUAAGAUUAUUAUUUUUUAUAUUAGACAGCCUACCCCUUAUAGUUUUCUAGAGAACAUGGAAAUCCAGAGCCAUUGGUUAACACACCUCACUCUAUAGACCUUUUGACCAAUGAGUAGUCACAAAAAACACAUUCCCCCAUAAGGACUGUAUGUAGGGCAUAGGAUAACAUGUGGACUUGUCAAAAUGGUAAAACGACCAACUCGGAUGUGGAAAAGUUAUCUGGGAGUAGGCUGAUUCUGGUGUGUAUAAAAGAUCAUGUAUUUGAGUGUGUUCUUCCGCCGCUCCAUGGACUGACUUGGCUUUUGUUAUUUUAUAAUAAAAGUCUCUGCUUUAUGAAGAUCUCUUGUCUCCUGCUGCAUUUUUCCAACUCCUAGUGAAACUCCGAGUUCAAACCGUCCUCGGCAAAAGUAAACAUUGGUGUCCUUAUUUCCAGAGCCAGAUCUGAUUUAAGUCAGGCUUAUCGCUUUUCAGCCCCACAGUCACAGUCUGUGAUCCAUGUGUGCUGGAGGAGAAAAAUAUCUGUCAACUCCAUCUGUGUUCUUUUGUAUUCCCCUACUCUACCCCCUCCUCUUAGCUCAGUGAGCUUAGAGACGGACUGAACCAAUCAUCAUACAUCUUCCAGAAACUUAAUCAAAUAUAGUACAGCUGAGCUGUACAUGAAUGACAAAGUAAGCUCUUACUCUCUUAAAGAGAAUGGUAUUUGUUUUGUCGCGCACGGUGCCCCCGCAUGUUCUAAAAUAAAAAGAGGCUUCUGUUUGAAACGAACGGAAGUGAAUGAGGAUCUCUCAGAAGUGUGUGCGCAAACUGAGGGACCUCGCUGGCGGCUAACGACCGGCUACAUUGAUCCAUCAUAAAGUGGAGAGAAAACAGAUUGAAGGAAGCUGAGCGAGGAGCGACCCCACGUGAUGCUUAACCAGUUUCCCUGCGAGAGCAUCGUCACUGUGAAGGACUGCAUGGCUGCCGUGGCCCGCAGAGCGAAAGGCGGCUCACAGCCCGAUUGGUUACCAGAGACCUUCAACCUCCAAUCAGAGCUGCCGAAGUUCAUCAAGCGUUAUCAACAGAGACAGCAAAGGGGAGAGGAUAACCACUGGAUCUGUAAGCCCUGGAACUUGGCCCGUGGCCUGGACACACACAUCACCAACAACCUGGACUACAUAAUCAGACAAAGAGAGAGUACGCCAAAGGUGGUGUGUAAGUACCUUGAAGAUCCAGUGCUGUUCAACAGAGAGGAGGUGGGAAUGGUGAAGUUUGACAUUCGUUACAUGCUGAUGGUGCGCUCUGUGCAGCCUCUGCGUCUCUAUGCCUACGACAUCUUCUGGUUGCGCUUUACUAAUAGACCUUUCUCCUUGGACCAUUUCGAUGAUUACCAAAAGCACUUCACCGUCAUGAACUAUACAGAUGGUGUGGAGCUAAAGCAGGUGCACUACGAUGAGUUCAUCCCCAUGUUUGAGAAGCAGUACCCACUGCAUCCAUGGAAGGAGGUGGAAGUAAGUUUAAACUUUUAGAACAGGACCCCAUCUGUGGGAAGAAUCGGACCAUAUCUGGGUAGAACUGGAACACAUCUGGGUAGAACCCAGUCAAACCUGACGCCACAGAGCUGGAGGUGAAGCUGAAUUUUAUAGUCUCGGGGACAGCAGGGCUGCACCACAGGAAGCCCCCUCGUCCAAUGAGACCCCAGAGUUGAGUUUGGAUCAAAAGUCACACGUAGGUGAGAUUUAACUCAUAUCAGGCAGUUGACUAGCCUGUAGGCCCAACUCUUUGUUCCAACCACAUGGUGAACGACAUACUUAUUCUCUAGAGUGCGCCACUAUCGCCAUCACCCAGGCCUCUGGGCCUCUGUGUUUCCAAGCCUAAUCCCUAUGAACAGUGAAACGACUGGGACAGCGCCCGAUUGGCAAGAAAAACACUUUGUUGACAUUUUUAGUUAACCUUCAACUAGAAAUGUAAAUGUAAGACAUUUUUAGUUAACCUUUAACUAAAAGGAUAACUAACCUUUUAGUUAAAGGUUUAACCUUUAGUUGUGCAUGAGAACGGGCUGGGAAACAUCGGGUUCCUGUCCCCUAACGGAUCCGAUGGUAGCCAUCUAGCACAACCCUACUUAAUUUCCUCUAAAACCUUCACCAGUGGAAGCUCCACUGAUUGUUCUCCGACAGCUACCUUUCCCUUCCCACCUGGCUCGGCAUCCUGUUUCUCAUGCACUCUGAUGCCACUCGUUCUAAAAAUAAAAUAAAACGAGGCUGGUCUGUUUGAACCGGAAACAGAUCUGUACGAGGAUCCCUCAGAAGUGUGUGCGCAAACUGAUGGACCUCGGCGGCGACGGGCAGACUCGGUCUGCCGCCGGGGUGAUCACGGAUCAAAGGGACGCGUAUCCCGAAGUCCGGUCACCCCCUUGUGAGUGCCCCUAGUGCUGGGAAGAAACUGCGAGAAGGGGGAGAGAGGCAGAGGAACAGCUUUAUCUCUAUAUGACUAACUCACCUGGCCUGAUAGUGAGGUCAGGUAAAGACCUGGUGGACCUCUCCCCAACUACUGCUCGAUUGUCUAAAACCGAGAAUAUUUAUACUCUAGAAACACCAGAGGAAAGGUUCAACCCCCCUCCAUGCCUUCCUCGUGAGACAGGAUUUGGGAAAGGUAACCCUUGCCCAAGGUAAGGCCUCAGGGUGUUGAUGGUUCGAACCUUCACUGGUUUGAGACAAGUGUCCCUAUUGGUUGCACUUCCAUUUGUAGCCAGGCUGCACCACAGAGGAAUUGGGUGUCUGCUUUAAGAGUUGUUAGUGAUGCAGUCUUCUGUAGACAACUGGUGUACCUUUUUACAGUGUGUGAGAUGGAUCCAAGAUGAUCUCUCUGCUAUGCAGACAGCGGUUGGUGUGCUCAGGAGAAUUUGAAAAAGCCCCUCACUUUGGUGCAUCCUUUUCUACCAAAUAUAGUCCGUCAAUUCUGUCUGGUGCGGUAACCUUGUCUCCUGUUCCUGUAUGUAUGAAUAAUGAUCCUGUCAGUGGGUGUCCAAACCAUACCCUAUCGUCCAAUGAAGCAACCGUCACAGUUCCAUCGGCAUAUGUCUGAAUUAUCAUUACUUCUUGUUUCCUUUUGUCAGAGUAGCGACUCCAUUCUACCUCACUAGGUAAUGUGUUAUUGGUUCCUGUGUUAAUUACUACGUCUGGAAAGUUAGAUGUGGUAUAACUUUCGCCUGCUGGUACCGUCACAUGUGCUUCGCCCGGGGAGGCGAAUAUCACCUGGUCUGGGGUGGUUUUCCCUGUUAAUUUGUGAACAAAAUGGGGACACUCAAUUCCUAUCAUAAACCCGACACAAAUAAGUCCUCGGAGGACUCCUAUAAUCACUUUGGGCAUAGUAAACCUUGGUUCAUUAAACACAGUACGUGUAACCAUUUGUUUUAGUACAGGGCGAUCAGGUACAGCUAACAAUGUCUCUUGAUUGGCCCCUUUCUUGGAGGGUGGUUUUAUGAUGCAUAUCUUUGCUGGUGUUGUCAUUUUGGCAUUGUCGGUUGUCCCACGAUGCUGUAGUUUAGGGCGGCGUUCACCCCAGUAGUCUUCCUCAAUCGUCUAGUUGAGGUCUGUUGAUGAGCUUUAUCAUGGCUCAGGUGCUGGUCCUGCCGUUCUUUUGCAAUGAGAGGUGUGAAUCCACGUAGGCCGCCCUUCUACCUUCACUGCAGUGUGAGUGGUCAGCAAAACCUGGUACGGGCCUACCCAGCGAGGAGCCAGCGCGUUUUUUCUUUUGAACACCUUCACCC